CCGCAUUUGAUUCUCAAAGAAAUGUUACACGCCCACUGUUGAGCCUAUUCCUUUUUCCUUUCCUCGUCACCGGUAAGGUUACUGCCGUAGGCAUGGCGAGUUGAGGACAUCUGACUGGACUAGCCAGCUGUCAGUUGGAAGCGACCAAUGACAAAGGCCGUGUGCGCGAUAGCAACGGAAGUGGCGCUGGAGGACCGGAAUCCUUGAACAUGAAAACUGGAUGACACUCAUAUGAACAACUUUUCUGUCCUCCCCUCCUCACAAUCACGUAAAAUAGCAUCAUGUCUCUUCAGGAUUGUUGACAUCCUUCCAUUUCAAGCCCCCUCCAGAUCACUCGAUUUGUAAAAUGGCAGACCUCGAGAAAAGAGGCGAUUCGACGAGCUUACCGCCUUUGUCCACUCCCAUGGAACAGGGAGAGGAAUCCUCAAAUGAUUUGCCGCAGAAGGCAUCUAGAUUAUCCUUUCUCCAAACAUACUUCGGCGUUCAAAUCAACACAAAACAUGUCGACCUUUUGCUGCUGGCGUGUUGCUUGGUAACCGGCUUUGUGGAUAGCACGCUUUACAAUGGUAUGUUGUUGCAAAAUAAAAGUGCAAUUUCAAGCUGACAAUUUCCUUAGCAUUCAGCACUUUCGUCUCUAUGCAAACCGGUACGUAGAAAUCCGAUUUCUGGGAGUUCGGGGGAACUCCUUAGAAACUAGCUGUUAUCAACAACAACUAACGCAUAGUAGGAAACACUAUCUUCGUUGCUCUUGGUGCAUCUGGCCAGAAUACCAGACCAUUCGGCUGGGCUUUCUCUCUCUCCUCUAUCGGCUUCUUCAUCAUCGGAUGUUUUGCUUUCUCCCGGUUCAAUAGCGCCUUCGGUCCUCGUCGACGUGGGACGAUCGCCAGCUCAUUCCUGCUACAGAGCGUCUGUAUACUCAUUGCCAGCGGUCUCAUAGAAGGAGGUCUCAUCAACGGAUCCAUUGUAGCGAAGACUUCAGUAAUACAAUGGAACCAGAUUGCCCCUAUUGCACUGUUGAGUUUCCAAUCCGCCGGGCAAAUCGUGACGAGCCGAGUGCUGGACGUGGGUGAGAUUCCCACUGUGGUGAUUACAAGUUUACUCUGUGAUCUCUUCUCGGAUCCAAAACUCUUCGACCCGCCUACCAAGAAUCUCAAGAGGAAUAGGAGAAUCGCUGCUUUUAGCUUGACACUGCUUGGAGCUAUUAUUGGUGGUUGGGUCUCGAGGGCAACGGAAGGAGUUCAGACGAUGCUAUGGGUUGCUGGAGUUGUGAAAUUUCUGCUUUCUAUUACGUGGAUAUUUUGGUUCAGCGCUUGAUAGUUCUGUAGUCGGUCGAAGUGCAAGACUCCGAGUGGUUUGCUAAAGGGCAGAACUGGCACUGGCGCAAAACAUGAUUCGACUAUGUGUUUU